AUGGCGGACCUGCAGGAGCUCUUCGCUCGGCUGAAAAGCCCAUCGAACCCUGCCAGCUCGCCCGGCGCCUCGCAGUCCAGCGCCAACGCAAACACUUACCACCAGCCGACCGUCUCGUCGCCCAUCUUCUCGCCCCAGCCAGGCGGUCCGCCGCCUCACCACCAGUCCGCCAUCGUGAGCCCGAACACCUCGGCCAUGGGCACCCCUGCCCCGGACCCCUCCAGCACCGAUCGCACCGCGAGCCUGCUGAAUCUGCUGAAAUUCAACCAGCCCAGCGCCCCGUCGCCUCAAAACUACGACACGGGGGCCGAGCGUCGCCCGUCGAACAACACAUUCCAGCACCCGGAGCACCCGCCUCCCCAGCCCGCCCACAGCCGUGGCGUUUCGGCUUCUGACCUCGUUGCCUCCUUCAUGCGGAAGCCUCAGUCGCCUGCUGCCAUUGCCCAGCCCGCGCCCACCAGGCCCGAGUUCCGUUCUGACGCUGCUUCAUCCGAGAACCCUCAGGACUUGCUGCUGAGGCUCCUCAACCACCCGAAGCCUCCUCAGAACGACUCGCCCGCCCUGCCUCCCCAGAACAUUGAGAGAGAUGUUUCGGAGACCAGGGUCGAUGAUCUCGCUCGUGAUCUUGCCGACGCCACGCUCGAGGCUUCCAGCUAUUCUGCCGAAACGCAAGCUGUGCCUCCGAUGCACGCAUUUGGCAGUGGCUCUCAACCGCCUGCAAACCACUCGUCUGCCCCCAAGUCCAUGUUCACCUACGUCAACCCCUUUGAACAGCUUUCGGCGUCGUCGCCGCGCAAUCGUACGCCCAAGCCCGAGUCGCGCACGCACACGCCCAAGGUUGAGGUUUUGAAGCACGGUCGCGAGAGCUCUCCUAACCCCGGCCCUGCUUCAAAGACGCGCAAGCUUUCCGGAGCCGACCCCGCCACCUCCGCUCGCGAGCCUGAGAAUGUGGCUGAAGCCGUUGCCGAGGUCGGUCAGGCCGUUGAUAAGCAGGUGGAGGAAGCUCUCGCCGGCGUGGACAAGCACAACAAGGGUGCCAAUGGCAACCAAGCGGCUGAGGAGACCUUCGAUCAGAAGGAUCUGGCCACGGCCGUCCACGACGUUGCCAUGGAUGCCAAGGAGCAGCUCGAGGACAAGGAAACGCGUCGCGAGUUUGAAGAGAGCAUGCCCAAGGAGCUGGCCAAGGCCAUUGAGGAUGUCGUUGAGGACGUGGCCCAGGAGAAGGUUGCCGACAGCUGGGAGAGCGCCGAGGACAGUCCUGGAAAGGACGACAAUACCGUCAAUGUCUUCAACUUCCCCAUGCGGCCCUUUGUCUCCAUUGAGCUCAAGAAGCUCAGGGAGCCUCCGCUGCCUAUCCGUCAGGACAACAUCAUGGACAUCGCUCGCCUGAAGAAGGACUUCGACCAGAUCGACCGCAACCUAGUCACCGUGUCCAAGACUUUCAUUGCUUAUGCCCUGUCUAAGCAUGGAGGCUUCCGCCUGAUUCGCCAGGACACAGGCAAGUACAAGCAGGUCUUCAACACGACCAAGGAGCGUAUUUUCAAUUUGCAGAUCUGCACCGGUCCGCCUGUUGCGUCAUAUGACGCUGAGACUAUUCUCGCUACUGGCGUCGACGGUUCGGUCUUCUGGACUACUGUUGCCGGUCACAGCGACACUUACGGCGAGGAAAACUUGGAGGAUCAGGGCUUCAGCUUCCCUCCUGUUCCCGCUCAAGAUGACAACACUUCCGGCGGCCAGCUCAAGACUCGUGCCAAGAAGAGUUCCCGUCACCCGGAGUUCUUCGGUAUCGGGCGUGGCAAGUCCAUAUACCUCGUUUGGCCCCACGCUGCUCGCCAAGCCGAGUACACUGAUGUGAAGACCCGAGUCUGCGACAGCGAGAAAUACCUUCAGCACCGUUGCUUGAGGAUUGUGACGGGCAAGGCUGGCAAGGAUUUCGCUUUCAGCGAAGAUGACACUGUCAUCGCUUCCCUGGACAAGGCUGGAAGGCUGAGGUUCUGGGAUAUUCGCGAUUUGAUCACUGAGGGAACUGGUCCCAACACGGGACGUAUUUCUCCCAAGGAAGUACGCACUCCCAUCAUGCAGCUCAGCACUGUUGCUGCCGGCGACAAGUCUUGGCCCACUUCUGUCCUUUUCUUGGACAAGGAGCGCCCUUGCGCCAAGGGGAUUGCUUUGAGGUAUCUUGUCGUUGGCCUGAAGCAGAACCACACCCUCCAGUUGUGGGACAUUGGACUUCAGAAGCCUGUCCAGGAGAUCAACUUCCCGCACGAGAACGAAUCCGACGCCAUUUGCAGCGUUGCUUACCACCCGAAGACGGGCAUCCUGGCCGUUGGGCACCCGACUAGGAACUCCAUCUACUUCAUCCACCUGUCCGCUCCCAGGUAUAAUCUGCCCGCCAUGUCGCAGGCCAAGUUCCUCACCCGUCUUGUGGAGAAGGAUGCCGAGCUCCCCAGGCCUGAGUCCACUGCCAUCAUGAGUGGUAUCCGCGAAUACUCGUUCGCAUCGAAGGGUCAGCUGCGCAGCUUGGAAAUGCUGCAGGAGCCUGCCGCCUCUCCCGAAAGCUUCGCUCCUGAUGAGGCACCGCUCUUCGAGCUUUAUGUCAUGCACUCCAAGGGCGUGACCUGCCUCGGCAUCCGGAAGGAGGACCUUGGCUGGAGCAAGGAAAGCAAGGUGCUUCAUCCCAUUGACGCGGAGGCCAACGGCAGUAUCAUCAUCAAUCCCAUCCGCCUUUUGGCAUUGGCUGAAGGAACCAGCACUACUGAGUCUUCGGCCAAUGGCGAGGCACAACAGAGCACGCAGAGCAGCCGCUCGCGUCCUGUUCCUAGGGAGGUCGUCAAGAAGGAGCCGGCUAGCAGCAGAUCUCGCGCCACUUCUCAGGCGCCUGACACUGCGUCCAUGAUUGCUUCGACGCUCGAGAGAGUUGAGAACCAGCAGGACGCAGCCAGAGCGGCUAUCAUCAACGGUAGCGAGAAGCCUGAAAAGAAAAAGAAGAAGAAGGGUGCCGCCACGGCUACCGACGCGGCUUCUCAGGUUUCCACCGCUGCCAAGCCUGCAUCCGCAGCUCCCUCGACAGUUUCGUACGCCAAUGUUGCCCAGCGUGCGAAGACGCCUCCGCCUGAGCCUGUGAAGGCCGUUGAGGAGAAGAAGGGCCCCGAGUCUGAAAUUCCUGAGUGGGCCACUCGCCUCCUCGGUCAGCUGCAGGCUCCCAAUGCUGCUUCGUCCGCUAGCGCUAACAUCGACACCGAAUCGUUGAAAGCUUUGGAGACGAACGUGUCUACUGAGUUCAACAGGACUUUCACCAAGGAGCUGGAGUCCCUUUACCGCCGCCUUGACAAUGACAGCCGCGCCCAGGAAGCCGCUGGUGCCGCCAAGAUGGAUGCCGUACUGCGCUUGGUGUCCAGCACCUUGACCGAGAAUGUCGAGAAGAGCAUGUCGCGCAUCGUGACUCAGAACCUCCAGAAGAUCAUCCUUCCUUCGUUGAGUGAUCUUGUUGCUGCCACGAUCGAGCGCCGUCUUACUGAGAUCCUUGCUACCUCGGUCCAGUCCUCUGUCCCUCGUGAGGUCAAACAGACGCUUCCUCAUGCUGUCAACUUGGCUUUCAAGGAUCCCGAGACUAUGCGCCACAUCUCCGAAUUGGUCGCCAACAAGACGACUUCGCACAUUGACCAGCAACUGGGGCAUGUCCUUCGUAACACGAUUGGUUCAUCGGUUCAGAACAUCACCGUCAAUGCUGUGCAGCAGAUGGCCGCGGACAUGGAGCGUCGUAUGGCCGAACAGGUCCGCCAAGCCGAGUUGCAGCGCCAGCGUGAUGCCGCAAAGAUCGAUCAGCUCACCAACUUGGUGACUGGUCUCAGCGAGACUGUUGCCAGCAUGUCCGCAUCUCAAGCUAGCUUCCAGGAUGAGAUUCUGAAGCUCCAGAAGCAUGUCGUCCGUAGCGAGGAAUCCGCUAAGGCUCCAUCGACUGCCCAGUCUGUUGCUUCCAGCGUCAAGAAGAGCGAGGGUGAGCUGGAGCAGGAACAGAUCACGCGCCUGAUGUCCGAGGGCCAAUAUGAGGAGGGCACAAUCAUGUGGCUUCAAUCGCCUCGCCAAACCCAGCUUUUCGACAACUUGUUUGUCAGAUGCAACCCAGCUUACAUCCGAAGCCUGACCCCCCUCGUGGCCCUGAGCGUAUCCGCUGCUGUGAGCUCUUCAUUGGAGACCAACACGGCCGAGCGUCUGAUGUGGCUUGAUUCUGUCUUCGCUUCUAUCGACCCUACCGAUGUCGAUAUCAAGGAAGUUGCGCCGAAGAUCAUGGACGUUCUAUCCUCUCGUCUCCAAGCUGCGUACAUGCAGAUUGCCGAGAAGAACCCUGGAGAUCCCGUGCUCAGGAGAAUCUCGAUGCUCUCCCGCCGGGCCCAGGAAUUGAAGAACGCCUCGACCUGA